AUGCCAAACUCCUUGCAGAUAGCGUUAAAGAACGAUAGCGAUCUUGACAAUCUGCACGCCUUCGUGACUGGUAUCGCCAUCCAGCACGAUGGCAAACGAUGCCUUCUCAAAGCGAAUGGCAAGGACUUGUACUUUCCGCAGGAGGUGAACGACAUAGGCUCGCAGCUGGCUGAAGAUUGUGCGAUUCCUCUCGGGCCAUCAGGAAAUACUGUCAACAUGACAAUCCCGCAGAUAGCUGGUGGCCGCAUAUGGAUAUCGGAGGGCAAACUGACCUUUCUACUCAAUCCUGGUGGACCUGCGCUCGUGGAGCCAUCGGUGCUGAAUCCAAGCGAUCCGAAUGCUAACGUCUCGUUUGGGUUCGCAGAAUUCACCUUCAAUGAUGCACAGCUGUAUGCAAACAUCAGCUACGUGGACUUUGUGCCAAGGAUACCAAUCGCCAUAACCCUGCAGCAGCAGUCUGGAGAGAUGCAGCAUGUCGCGGGAAUGGCACCUGAUGGACUCGAUCGGAUGGCUGGAAGUCUGUCGGAGCAGGCCAAUAAGGACGGGCGCCCAUGGGACAAGCUCGUCGUGAAUAAAGAUGGUCGCAACUUGCGGAUCUUGAACGCCACUCACGGUGGUGCUGUUGGCGCAAGCUUCGACGGCUAUUAUGAGCCUCAUGUUGAUGAAGUCUGGGAGAGAUAUAAGUCGGGCCAGAAAAUGAAGAUCAAUACACAAGCCGGUCCUGGGUGGCUCGAAGGCCAUGUGAACCAUAAGGGCAAGCUGAAGAUCGGUGACGAGGAAUUCGACAAGCCAAACACAGCUGAUAUCCUGGGCUGUAACAGUGGUCCUUUUACGACAGGCUCGUCCCCGACGAGAAACGCUAUCAUCCCCCGAUUAGCUGCUGCUUUCGUACGCUCGACACUGUGCCAGUGUGAAGAUCAUCCCAGCGCUCCCAACACUUUCUAUAACCAGGAUCCCACAAAUCACUAUGCGCGACUUGUUCAUGAGCACAACGUUGACAAAAAGGGUUAUGCAUUCGCUUAUGAUGAUGUCCAGCCAGAUGGCGGAGAUGAUCAAUCAGGAAAAGUCAAUGCCGGCGACCCUGUGCUCUUCACAGUGACCGUUGGCGGCAAGAGCGCCAGUGGAAAUGGUGGAGCCGCAUUUCCACAGUCGUCAGGACAGCAAGGCCAAACUUACGACAGGCCAGCUCCUCCUCCGCCUCCGGGUGCCAACGAUGAUAAUGCGGAACCGGAAAGCCAUGGUCUUCGAGGAAAGCUACGAGGCUUCGCGAAGAACAUGAUGAAGUAA